AUGGGCUUGCUACGCAGUGCAAGCAGCUUCGGCAAUCGGAUGCUCCCGUACGUCCAGCGUCCACUUCUCGCUCGCUCAAAAACACAGCAAAAUGCCAUCCGAUCUCGCAGCUUCUCGACCACAAACCUUCGAACGGCUCUAAAACAAUGUUUCAAUCGCUAUAGAGAGCUCCGAAACGCCAAAAGACUGCCCCGUCAGCUUCUUUGGAGCUUCAUCACCGGUCGCAAUACCAAGGGCCGAUGGCAGAAGGUCCAUGCUCCACUGGAAUCGGAUCAAGGCGCAAUCCAAUACUUUACGGGCACGUGUUCUAGAAAGGAUAUCCAAGGAGUAGAGUUCAUCAGAGCGAGAGCCAUUGGGAAAGGGUUCAGCAAUAUGAAGGAAAAACUCGAGAUCGUUGAGGGACUUGUCAAAGGCAUCAAACAAGACAUUGGUGACCAUGAAAGGGAAGAGGCAACCUUUCAACACUCACUUAGCCGCGACAUUCACGACAAAGCUACGAACAAGAUUGCUGAAACCCCUUACAGGCACGCCGAGGCCCUUUCAACAGUUGACCAAGAUGCAAAGCAUAUCGAAGGCGCCAAAGAUACAUCGGCUAUGGAUUGGAUUGCAAAAUACGUUCCGGACCCCGCUGGACAUGCUAGGACAAGCGAGAGCACGAGCACGUCAGCGAAAGAAGUCGCUACAUUCCCCGUCCAGAAUUGCUUGACCGAGACCACAGAUACUACCCUUGAACGGACACCGUUGCGAGAAGAUGUCUCGAGGACUGAUAAAAGUGAAUUAUUUCUCACAGAACCAGCGACUUUCUUUAAGCCAAACGCGGAUAGAGCUAAAUCACCAGACACACUUUCUUCCUCGAGGAAGACGGCAAUUGGUACGCUAGAGUUUCUGACUGGCGUCCUCAAGCCCAGGGGCGUUAUAAUUGACUCCGACAUGCCAAACAAGGCAAACUGCGCUUUCGAGCACUUUAAAAGCGUGGUACCACCAGCCUCAUCAACUCGUUUCGAGUAUUACAGGAAGCUCAAAGGAUUGGAGGGCAACACUGUCUGGAUCAACUAUGGAAGUGAAGUUGUACGCGGUAUCCUCAAUAACUAUUCUGAGAUGCAGCAAAAGGGACUGGGCCCACUAUGUGAGCCCGAAUGGGUCGACGAUGCCAUCCAAUUCUUACUCAAGAGAGAAUCUCGGAAGAGGAUAGCGACCUUCUCCGACAACCCGUCACAGUGGCGGCCAGUGAGAAUGCGAGAAGAGAGCUUUCAGCCACAGUACGACGGCCUCUGGGAGAUGCCUCCCAUCAUUCAUGGGGACCUACCUGCAAAUCGUACGCAUCCAAUGAAUGUUGAACCGGACUGUUCAUACUGGAUUUGGGCCGGUGGAUUCCGUCCAGAAGUUCGUUGCAAAAUAUCACUCUACGCUUCGGUCCGGUUCGAUCGCGCCUUGUGCCCAUACCUCACGGUUGAAGUCAAGAAAGAUCCCACGGGCAGAAAAAAGGGCCGUCAGCAAAUUGUGACUGCCGGCUCUAUCGUUCUCUACAAUCGUUGGAGGCUUAGGCAGCGGGCCAUACGGACAAAGGACGAAUCAUUCGUUCCGGGUGCUCUUUCGGAUGUACGCCAUUAUGGGCUGCUUCUUGCCGGAGUGCAGUACGAAUUUUGGUGUCUGGAGCCAACCUUUCUUGACAAACAUGGUUGUUCUACCGGCGGCUGGAAUGGCUGUGUUAUGAAACAGGUUUAUGCGGACAGUCUUGAUACGGAGUGCGGUAUCAAGCACUAUAUCGACUGGAUCAACGAGAUCCACCGUUGGGGCAACACGGAACACAGCUCCGGCUGCUUCAGUGAUAUUGAGGCUCUGUAUCGGCACGAAAAUUAG